CACACUGCCGCCAGCCUGGGAGCCCUGAGAGCCCUAAGGCUUCUGAGCGCUGGCCAGUAGUUUCUCCUUUACAAACUCAACUUUCUUCCCUUGUGUGAAAUUUGCGUCUCUGGCCCCAAAGCUUUCUUUACUCACCAUGAACGGGGCAAGAAGUGACCUUUUGAGGUGACUAUAACUGAAGAUUGCUUUACAGAAGCCAAAAUAAAGGUGGGGAGUUUGACCCAGGAUUCACCUCCCCAGGCUGACUUUUCAGAUAAGAGACAAAGAAGGGGAGACAGCAUAGCACCAAAGCUUCCUCCCGUACAGUGGGAGCUGGGUUAGAACCUGGAUCACAUGCAAGGCAAAGCAGGCACAUUAGCCAGGUUCUUGAGUCAUGAUGCAAGAAUCUGGGACUGAGACAAAAAGUAACGGUUCAGCCAUCCAGAAUGGGUCAAGCAGCAGUAACCACUUACUAGAGUGUGGCAGUCUCCGGGAAGGACGAUCCAACGGGGAGACACCAGCAGUGGACGUAGGCUCGGCAGAGCUGGCCCAUGUGCAGCAGCAACAGCAGCAGGCACUUCAAGUGGCAAGACAGCUCCUUCUUCAACAGCAGCAGCAGCAGCAACAGCAACAGCAACAGCAGCAGCAGCAGCAGCAGCAGCAGCAGCAAGUUAGUGGAUUAAAAUCCCCCAAGAGGAAUGACAAACAACCAGCCCUUCAGGUUCCCGUGUCAGUGGCUAUGAUGACACCUCAAGUUAUCACUCCCCAGCAAAUGCAGCAGAUCCUCCAGCAACAAGUGUUGAGCCCUCAGCAGCUCCAGGUUCUCCUCCAGCAACAGCAAGCCCUCAUGCUUCAACAGCAGCAGCUUCAAGAGUUUUAUAAAAAACAACAGGAACAGUUGCAGCUUCAACUUUUACAACAACAACAUGCUGGAAAACAGCCUAAAGAGCAACAGCAAGUGGCUACCCAGCAGUUGGCUUUUCAGCAGCAGCUUUUACAGAUGCAGCAACUACAACAGCAGCACCUCCUGUCUCUGCAGCGUCAAGGCCUGCUAACCAUUCAGCCCGGGCAGCCUGCCCUUCCCCUUCAGCCUCUUGCUCAAGGCAUGAUUCCAACAGAACUGCAGCAGCUCUGGAAAGAAGUGACAAGCGCUCAUACUGCAGAAGAAACCACAGGCAACAAUCACAGCAGUUUGGAUUUGACCACGACAUGUGUGUCAUCCUCUGCACCUUCCAAGACCUCCUUAAUAAUGAACCCACAUGCCUCUACCAAUGGACAGCUCUCAGUCCACACUCCCAAAAGGGAAAGGCAGAGCGGGAGGCCAUACACUGAAAAAUGCCGACUGGUGCACUUAAGUUUAUCCCACGAGGAGCACUCCCACAGCCAUCCUCUCUAUGGACAUGGUGUAUGUAAGUGGCCUGGCUGUGAAGCAGUGUGUGAAGAUUUCCCAUCAUUUCUAAAACAUCUCAACAGUGAGCAUGCGCUGGACGAUAGAAGUACAGCUCAAUGUAGAGUACAAAUGCAGGUUGUACAGCAGUUAGAGCUACAGCUUGCAAAAGACAAGGAACGCCUGCAAGCCAUGAUGACCCACCUGCAUGUGAAGUCUACAGAGCCCAAAGCCGCCCCUCAGCCUCUGAACCUGGUUUCAAGUGUCACACUCUCCAAGUCCGCAUCAGAGGCUUCUCCACAGAGUUUACCUCAUACUCCAACAACCCCAACAGCCCCCAUCACUCCUGUCACCCAAGGCCCCUCUGUUAUCACCACCACCAGCAUGCACACGGUGGGACCUAUCCGCAGGCGGUACUCAGACAAAUACAACGUGCCCAUCUCUUCAGCAGAUAUUGCGCAGAACCAAGAAUUUUAUAAGAAUGCUGAAGUUAGACCACCAUUUACAUAUGCAUCUUUAAUUAGGCAGGCUAUUCUUGAAUCUCCAGAAAAGCAGCUAACACUAAAUGAAAUCUACAACUGGUUCACACGAAUGUUUGCUUACUUCCGACGCAAUGCAGCCACGUGGAAGAAUGCAGUGCGUCAUAAUCUUAGUCUUCACAAGUGUUUUGUGCGAGUAGAAAACGUUAAAGGGGCAGUAUGGACAGUGGAUGAAGUAGAAUUCCAAAAACGAAGGCCACAAAAGAUCAGUGGUAACCCUUCCCUUAUUAAAAACAUGCAGAGCAGCCACGCCUACUGCACACCUCUCAAUGCAGCUUUACAGGCUUCAAUGGCUGAGAAUAGUAUACCUCUAUACACUACCGCUUCCAUGGGAAACCCCACUCUGGGCAACCUAGCCAGCGCAAUAAGGGAAGAGCUGAACGGGACAAUGGAGCAUACCAACAGCAACGAGAGUGACAGCAGUCCAGGCAGAUCCCCCAUGCAAGCCGUGCAUCCUGUACACGUCAAAGAAGAACCCUUGGAUCCGGAGGAAGCUGAAGGGCCUCUCUCCUUAGUGACGACAGCCAACCACAGUCCGGAUUUUGACCACGACAGAGAUUAUGAAGAUGAACCAGUAAACGAGGACAUGGAGUGAAUGUCUGAGGCUGGCCGACUCCACAGAAGAAGAUUUGGGGAGGGGGGGAAACAUGUCAAAAGUUAACAGUGAAAUUGUUCUCCAUUUGUUGUACAGUCUGGAGGAUUUUCACUACAUUUUGACAACUCUGAAAUGUGUUAACUCUUAGUGCCAUCAAGAAUCCCAUUUGGGAGUAUUUUUGAUUUUUCUACUUUUUGUUGAAAAAAAAAAAGGAAUUUGUACUCUGUGCAUUGGAUGGACUUGUUUGGUACUUGGGAUUUUCCUCUCUUUAACAGUCAACAUCAGUGUUGUAAAUUUGCUAAACUGAUUCACUUUUAGCAGCAGACUUUGAACUGCAGUCCUGCCAACGUUGGACACUUGAGGACACCCAACUGAGCAUGUGCACCUAAGCUGCAGACCUAGCCUCUGCCCAGAAUCUAAGGAUCCCAAUGGACGACCUAUUUGCACAGUACUGCAUGUUGGUUAUCACUGCCUUUACUCCAUUUUUUUUUUUUGCUUCCAGUUGGGAUGGGGAAAGCCUUUGUUGUGUGUACUGGGGGGAGGGGUUAAAAUAAUUAUCCCAAACUUUUUAAUGUAUUGCUUUUUUUUUUUUUCUUCUACUAUACCAUUUUAAGUUCUGACCUCAGGCCUCCAUUUGGGCCCAUGGCCUCUUGGAGGCUUAAAGUUUUCUGUACCUUGUGAUGAAUGUUAAUAGGUGUUUUUAUUAUACAAAGCUGAAUGUCAUUUCUUGUUUGUAGUUUUCUGUCACUCAUUCCAUUUUCCUUCAGCUAUCACCAUGUUUUCUCUGAAGUCAGAAAACAUUCCGUUUUGGUCUUUUUUUUUUUUUUUUUUUUUUUUUUCAAAAAAGGUCCCAAAUGCUGCACUCAACAUAUGAAGGUCCUCUCACACAGAUGUGAAGUCCUGCCAGAAAGAGAAUGAAUGACAGAAAAAAAAAAAAAGACUCUAGACAAUGCCAAUUCAUUCCACAAAGCAGUAUUGGAGGUGCGAAGAGGGGUUAUUUCAGAUUUCCCGCCGCAGUUACCAUUAUUCUUAAUAAGUACCACAGCAUUUGACCGGCACAUAGGUAGCACCCCCUUUUCAAAAAAAAAAAAAGUGUGUGGCCAGUUGCCACAGAGUCUGUUGUUUAAACAAGCCUGGGCUGCUUCCUUUCCAAAAUGGCCCCAAGCCUGGCCUUUACAGAAAGUCGUGGUAGUGCUGGAUUUAAACAUCAGCUCAGACCUGCUUGAUGGAAUUAAUCUGUUUGAAUGCAAAUUACACUUCAGAAGGAACCUGUUAUGGAAGUUAAGGAGGACCGAAUUCAGCAAAUGCUAAAGUGUUCAUUUCCAGCGUGCAAAUUUGGUACUGCGUUUAAGUCUGUUAUGUAAUAUUGUCACACCAACCCAGUGUCGAAAACUAACAGUAGAAGGCAUCAAGUAGAUCAGUCAGGUUUUUGAGAGGGUUGGGGGGAGGGACGAAUAUGAUGCAGAAUAUGAUGGUCAUGGGUCAGUGUAACCCCAGUCCUUAGAACCCCUCAACACUUCCACUCUUUGCCCUUUUUCCUGUCAUUUAUUUAUCUAGGACCAUAGUUUUUCUUUGGUUUUAAAGAGCCCUUUGGAGCUUAUUUAUAUUCUUUGGACCUUUUUUUUCCCUAAAAUUACCAAAGAUAUUACACAAAGGUAAAUUAUGUUCUCUGUUUUAUGCUUUAUCUGAUGAAGCCAAAUAUCCUCUUAUUGUUGAUCAAAGGAGGCAAAAGAAUUUAGAGGCAAUUGAUGAGAUAGAGGCUGAUGGUAACCUGAGAGAGUUACUCCUUCAUCAUAGAGUAAAUUUAGAAUCUAGAAGACCAGGAAGGUAAAUGGAACCAAAGUUGUUACUUUCUUUUUUUUUUCCCUCCAGUUUCUUUUUUUUUUUUUCCCUUUUUCUUUUUCUGUACCUUUACGGAGACCAAAACUGAUUCUUGUCAAGAGAAAUGAUGGAACUACUGCAGAUAAAAUAUAUAUAUAUAUAUAUAUAUAUAUAUAUAUGACACAGUAAUCAAGGAGCAAAAGGAAAGAAGUUCCAUCUCAAAGAAAAAAAAAUGAAUGUAUGCCAUUGAAAACAAGGGUGUCCAAUAAAGGAGACAGUCUGAUAAAAUUUAGAACAGAAAAGUUUCCACAGUUGAACUAGACCACAUAUUAUUUGUAGAAUGCAUUUUUUUAAAAAGAAAGAUGGUAUGCCACUUUGGUUUAAGGACUGUGCUGUGAUCACUGCAUUCGUUUUUAUUUAUCUUGGCAUAGAUCCUCUAAGAUUGUUUUUGUUUUGAAAUUUUUUUCCCUUUAUUCUCAGUAGGCUUUGGUCAGCAUUUUUCUUUUAAAAAAGUAGCACUCCCAUCCACUCAUACGCUUGGUACAAAAACUUCUUUGGUAGUUACUUUUGAAGUUUCACUCUUUUCUGUAUAAAGGGCAGUCUGUGGUCACUCGAGACUUUUUUUUUUUUUAACUUUUCCAGGCAGCUUCAUGAUGUGCAGGCAGUAGCCAGACAGGGUCAUGGGAAGGAGGCCCUAUGCUUCUAAACUGAGUGGUUGCUGGUUAGUUUGGUAUUCAAAAGAGGAUAAAAAUCUGGUAGAUUAGUUCAUUCUCAGCAUGUGUAGCUAGACAUGAGUAAAGAUAACAGCAUGAGAAACUGUUAGUACGCAUACCUCAGUUCAAACCUUUAGGGAAUGAUUAAAAUUAAAAAAAAAUACAUUUCACUCAGUUGCACUUAGUCGUAUGUCUUGCAUGCUUAGUCUAAAGACUGUAGCAAAAGGAAAAAAUUAGAUUUUACAUAUCUUUGCAGGUAUCACAGCCUUGCAGAAGAACCAACUAAAAAAAAAAUUUCUCAGGCUUUACAGCAAGCAAACUUCACUAUGAUUUUUACAAUUCUGAUUCUGUAUCCCUUGGGGGUGUUCCAGUCACUUCUUUAAGAUGGGGUUUAUUAUGUUGUACAUAUAUCCCAAUGUGUCUGUGUGAAUCUGUCUUUUUUGGGGGAGGGCAGAGGGCGAUUCUUUUUUUAGAUACUGUUCCUAAAAAGGAAUAAAUGCAUACACCUGUUUGUCAAAACACCUUUGCUUUUUUGUGCAACUGCUUUAUAUUAAUAAUACUAAGAAACAUAGCUUUGGGGGAAAAAAAAACUACUGUAUGUAAUAGACGCAGAAUAUGCUGCACAUGUAUUUUACUUAGUUAUCCUUGCUUUAAGAAUAUUGGAUGACAUUUCCUGACAUGUGGGAGGGAGAAACUCCCUAACUUUUUAUUUUAUUUUUGGCUUUUAAAUUGUAACAUAGUUAGAAGAUUUUUUUUUCUUGUUCUCAUUGAUCAGAGCAUUUUGUACAGGUUUUGCGUGUGCGUGGGGGUGUGCGUGUGUUAAUCUGUUUUUGAUACAUCCCUAUCCUUUUGUGUUUAUCCUACCACUGCCUUCCUGGCUAUCUAAAACAGUUCUUACAUUUGAAAAGAGAAAAAAAAAAAGUGUUUUUAAAACAAUUUUUUUCCUGCUGCAGUAAAUAUUUUGCAUGAUGAAAUCCCAGGGUCACACUUCCCAAGUUUACCAGUGAAGUAGUGAUUAAUAACAGGAGUGUCAAAGCUAUUGAACUUUUUUGUAUGAAACAGAAAACUUUACAAGGUGCCAAGAUGUAAAAACAAUUUGUUCCUUUUUUGUUUGUUUGUUUGUUUGGUUCCCAAAUAAAAAGCGUACAUUAGGGAUAUAGUCUCUUAAAUCAGGCAAAUACAGUGUCAGGAAUGAGGAUCCAUCCUGCGCAUGCCCAGAGUCUGUCACCUUACGACAAGUUGCACUGCCAGCACUGAACCAGCAGUGAAAUGAAGUAUCGUGGCUUAUGCACCUGGAGACUGACCACCAACCCCUGCCACCUUCGGACAGCUCCAUUAUUCCCAGCAUUCCAUCAGACACAGUAAAGAACACCAUGGAUCCUUACCCCAGGAUACGAUGUAAAUCACUAGCUCUUUUAUCACACGAUUAAAAAAAAAAAAGAUUUCCUCUCCUUUCCACAUCCCAGCCGAGCUUCGUUACAAAGGGCACAAGGAAGAACAUGCUUAAAAGGUUUUUGAACCUUUGUGUACCUUUUGGUUAGUAGUAAAAACUCUUUUCAUAUUUUGAAUGGUUUUGAGAGUUGAUUUCACAUUUUCAUCCUGAACAUGAGACUUAAGAAUUCUGAAGGCAUUUUGUGGGCCCUGUGUUGUUGCUGAUCUCUGCUACCUGGAAGGAAGCCUUGAUAGAGAUGGUACAGUCUGGACUGUUUUGCGUGGUGCUUUGUGGAGACGGGCUGCCAGUGACAAGAAUUUUUUUUUGUUUUUGUUUUGUUUCUAUAAGGCAUAAAAGAAACUCAUUCCUUGACAUCAACUGUAAUUCCAUCAUUCCGUGUCUGUGGAUACAGACAAUAAAAAAAAUGUUGUGUAGUCAGUACUAAUUACUGACAUUAUAGCAUUCUCAAAUGCAAUAAAAAUGCUGGUUGUUCACACUGGUAGUAAAAGUC